CUGUCGCGGUAACCGCAAAAAUGAAAUAUCGCGAUAUGAAGAAGCCCACCGCGCUGCAUCAUGGGCCACCGCGAUUACUGAACUUGGUUCAACUCAAUGAUGCAUGUUGAGAAGGAUGGCUGCACUGGUAUCAAAACGAAACGUUACUUCGCUCCUGUGGGAGCGCUUUGGUUUUCAGUACGUCAGCUGCUGCGCAGCCAGAGUCCUUGGCCGAGACAGAGCUGCCACCAGCGGCAAAAAAUAAAUAAAUAAUAAACGCUCGGAGACCUGCUGAAGUCCCGGACAAGCACUGCUUCUGCAACCGUCCCGAAGAGAGUUUGAGCCGAGCUGGAGCUCACUCGCUACCUGCAGGUGGAAUGCAUCCACCCUAAAGAACCCCCCUGACAUGGUGGAGCAACAACCGGGAGAGAUUCCCUUUGCUCGCCAGAGUCGCACGCAAGUUGAGUUCGGAAGCGAGCGGGGCCGGACCGGAGCGGAGGGGAGCGGAGGUAGUGGAAUUUGGGAUUUUGCCUUUAUGCUCUGGCGCACAGCCCUCAUCUCCUCCUGUCGCCUGCUUCCCUCUUGCUCUCAUCCAGCCGGUCGGAGCUUCCGGUGGAGUGUUAUUGCUUCUGCUCACAGGAGACGGAGCUCUAUGGAUCCUGAGGUUCCCGCCAUCGACCCUUCAUGCACACCCGCUGAAUCUCCAGCGUCAGGGAUGAGUUCUGAUGCAACUGGCAGCUUGGAGACAAUGGCUUCUGAGGAUUUGUUACCUGGAGAGACUGUAGUGAGAGAGGGAAAGGCCUCCAUCCUGUUCCCCAGUGCCAAUGAGGUAUUUUACAACCCCGUCCAGGAGUUUAACAGGGAUCUGACAUGUGCUGUGAUCACUGAGUUUGCCAGAGAUCUGCUGGCUCAGCGAGGGGUGAGGGUGGUGGUGCCCGGAGAAAAGGAGAAGGUGUUGGUGUCUCUGUCGGAGGAGUCUAACGAGGCUGAGGAGAAAACUGGGGCAGAAGAGCUCAACGUGACUGCAACAGCAGGGGAGAAGUGUGAGCACGGUCUCCGUGUCCUGGAGGGCCUUGCAGCUUCUGGUUUGCGUUCGGUGCGUUUUGCCCUCGAGGUCCCCGGCCUACAGAGUGUCACAGCCAACGAUUUCUCCUCUAAAGCCGCAGCACUGAUCGCGAGAAACGCUCAGUAUAACCGAGUCAGCCACUUGGUCCAGGCCAGCUGCAGAGACGCCAGCAUGCUGAUGUACGAGAAGCGAGGGAAGAAAGAGCGAUAUGAUGUCAUCGAUUUGGAUCCCUACGGUAGUCCUGCAUCCUUUCUGGAUGCUGCUGUGCAGGCUGUCAGUGAAGGAGGUCUGUUGUGUGUAACGUGUACAGACAUGGCCGUGAUGGCAGGAAACAGUGGAGAAACAUGCUACAGCAAAUACGGCUCCAUCUCCAUCAAAGCCAAGUACUGUCAUGAGAUGGCUCUUCGUAUCAUCCUCCAUAGUCUGGAUCAGCGGGCUGGCGUGUACCAGAGAUACAUCCAGCCUCUCCUGUCUGUCAGCGCCGACUUUUACAUUCGGGUCUUUGUUCGUGUCUUCACAGGGCAGGCUACAGUCAAAAACUCUGCCAGUAAGCAGGCUCUGGUGUACAACUGUGUCGGUUGUGGGUCCUUCCACCUGCAGAGGAUGGGCAGAAGAAUAGAUAACGGCAAACAUAUGAAGUAUUCUGCUGCCACGGGACCCCCGGUUGGACCUGAGUGUGAACAGUGUGGACAGAGACACCAGCUGGGUGGUCCAAUCUGGGCUGAGCCCAUUCAUGACCAGGAGUUCGUUCAGAAGGUUUUAUCUGCCGUGUCGGGGAACCCGUCCAGAUUUGGGACUUCCAAACGUAUCGAGGGGAUGCUCAGCAUGGUCACUGAGGAGUUGGAAGACGUGCCCCUCUAUUACACAGUGGACAAUCUGACCAGCACAUUACACUGUAACACGCCUCCUCUGCUCCAGUUUAGAUCUGCUCUCCUCCACGCUGGCCACAGAGUUUCUCUCUCUCAUGCCUGUAAAAAUGCCAUAAAAACAGAUGCUCCUCCUGCAGCCAUCUGGGACAUCAUGAGAUGUUGGGAGAAAGAAAACCCGGUGAAGAGAGAGAAGCUGUCUCAGACUAGUCCAGCGUUCAGAAUCCUGUCCACCGAGCCCCGCUUAGAGGCCUGUUUCACUGUGAGGGAGGACGCCAACCCUCAGUCUCGUAAACGCCAUCUGACUCGGUUCCAGGAGAAUCCUCAGGCCUUCUGGGGACCCAAAGCUCGUGCCAAAGCAGGAGGUGGGAUCACUACACACCUGCAGGACAAGAGGAAGAAGUGUCAGAACAAAAGAAAGAACCAGGUCACGGACUCGUCUCAGCUGAAGAACUUUCCCUGCAAAAAGUUCAAACAGGGAAUGUGCACUCACGGAGACGAAUGCUGCUACUCUCAUGAUGCGGAUCAGACAUGCGAAGAGAAAGCAAACAAUUGAUUUGUUUUGCUUUUGGUCUCGGUCGACCGACAGGCUUAUUUUAUGCAGCCAGUUUUGCUUUUUGAACAUGAAUUAUAGAGUUAUAAUUUCAAAUACUUAUUUUUUAGAUUAUGUUCAGUUGCUGUAGCUGCUGAAUCCCUACAGUGCAGGUAUAAACAUACAGGAAAAUAAAUCCCCGUGUCUGACUGGUGUGGGCUAGCAAACAUGCACAAAAAGUGAGAAUGAUGGAUCUUUAUCAGAUUGUGAAUUUUUUCCAUAGUACAAAUAAGCAUUAAAAAUAUCUGAAAUAGC